AAAGCUUUUGCACCCGAAGCCGCACGGCGCUUUGAAUCUACGUAAACGGUGGCUGCCCGCCGCCCGAUAUCUCGAAUCUCCCCAAACGCCAAGCAGCACUGCACCAUGCGGGCCCCCGCCGGCCCGCCGCCCCCCGACGCAGGGCUGCCCGACGCGCCGCCGCCAACCGCGCCGCCCCCAAAAAUGAAAAAGAAGAAGAAGAGCAAGGACUCGCUGGCCGGUGCCGGAGAAAAGAAGAAGAAAAAGAAGAAGAAGAAAAGCUCCAAACGCUUCGCGGGCGCCGCCGCGACGAACCCGUUGACCGCUCGAGCGCGCGCGCGAUUACUUUGUAGAGCGAUGGAGCUGAGGAUUUCCAUAGCGAGGUACUACUGCCAGGAGGCGGCCUACCUCGACAAGGUCCGGGGACGAGCGACAGUAAACGUCGGGGCUUUCCACGAAACCGAAGACUGGCGCCACGGCAAGAAGGUAUUAAGUGCGCUGGGGGCCAUGGCCGUGCCUAGAAGGAUGCCCGAGGAGCUCGCCCACGACUUGACGUUGUUGCGGGAGCUCGAGGCGCUGCUCGAGGAUCCCCUGAACACGCCCGAUUUUUUAGUUGGAGAGGACGUCCCUGAUGAUGAUUUACCGGAACUGGCCGUGUGUUUGCGGGAGGAGAUCCAACAACUGCGCGGGUCCGUGGACGAAGCUCGACGGCAGGUUGCGGCUUUGGAAUCGCGGGCCGCGGCGCCGCCACCGCCUCCACAACGGAACGUCGUGCCGCCGCCGGCGCCGCGGUGACGACGCGUCUUCUUCUUGUUUUUUGUGGGGUAACUUCUCAUCUCGAGUCC